CCAAUUUAACGGACAGUAGAUCAGUGCACGUGGCUUCACCAGAACCGUACGUGCACCAAGCGCCACUCUCUUCCAGCGUAAGCGACCGUCUAGUGUUGGUACAGGACAUCCCACUUGACAGGCGGGCACAGUCCCCCAGCAAAGCCGCUAGGAUUCAUCGUUCAACGUAUCACUCGUUCGAACCGGCUCGGAAGCAGCCCCUGAAGGCAGCCCAGCAGCAGCAAUACUACCCUCCACAACCACUGGUAACCGUUUCUUCUUUCACCAUUCCCGGAAAAAUAGAAAAGAUAGCGGUUCCGUCGUCAGUUGGGUUGCGGAGUGCGUAUCCUACUAGUGGUCCGUUGCUAACCUCCAAGACGGAAGACCCCAGGCAAACGGGGACAGAGUCUCGUGCCACGGGGAGGGAAAAUCAAAUCCCCCCCGCUAGCCGACGCUGGGUCCCUCCAUCACUGAGGCCGCACCAUGGACUCACCGAAGAGGCCAGAAUUGAUUCGAUUUUUCGAAAAGUACGCGGUAUUCUGAAUAAAUUAACUCCAGAGAAAUUCCAAAAGCUCAGUGAUGACUUGUUGAAGCUUGACCUGAACUCGUCUAAGAUUCUGAACGGUGUUAUUCUGUUAAUAUUCGAUAAAGCUUUAGAUGAACCCAAGUACUCGUCUAUGUAUGCACAGCUGUGCAAAAGAAUCGAAAAAGAACUAGAAAUUGAUAUCGACAAAACCAAGUCCAAUACCUUUCUUCAGAUUUUAUUAAACGUUUGUCGCGAUAAGUUCGAAAACCGUGUCCAGUAUAGUGAGAAGAUCAUCAACUCAGAACUUGCACUAACCGAUGAUUUGGAGGAAAAGAAAAAUGUGGCCAAACAGAAGAUACUGGGUAACGUUAAGUUCAUCGGUGAAUUGUAUAAGCUCGACAUGCUCGGCGAGCCACAUCUGCACAAGAUGUUGCGCUCGCUCUUUACCAAUAAGUCGGGCGCGACGACGGAGAAAAACUGCGAAGACAUGGAAUGCCUGGCACAGCUCAUCAAGACGUGCGGAAAGAAUCUGGAUACAGAGCUGGGAAAACAGCUGAUGGAUCAGUACUUCGACCGGAUGGAACAGUAUUCCCUGUCGAGCAAAUUUCCGCCGCGUAUCCGGUUUCUGUUGCGCGAUCUGAUUGAGCUGCGCAAGAACAACUGGACACCGAGAAAGGUGGCACGCGUGGAAGGACCGGCUCCGAUUCAGGAGCUCACUAACGAGGACGACCUGGUGUUGCGACCGCCGUUCGGCAUGCGCGGUCGCGACUAUCGCAACCAGGAGCGCGGUGAUCAGCGGGACUGGAUUAGUAAGUUCUCGUUGAAUCCACUCAACUUCAACGACAGCUUCAACCUGCUGAGCGCCUCCAGCCCGUCAUCAUUGAUACCACCAACGUAUUCAUCUUCACAGAACGGUUACAGCAACCGUGAUCACCGCGACAACGGUAACGGUGGUGGUGGCGGCGGUGGUAAUUAUCGCAUGCACAACAAUCGCGGCGGCGGAGGUCAAAAUCAGCACAGCAACUAUCAUGGCAACGCUGGAAACAACAACAUGCGUUACAAUAAGCACAAUAAUCACCACGGCAACCGGGAUGGCAGGGAUGGCGGUGGACAGAACCACCACCACCAGAACAGUGGUGGACCGAACUCGCACAAUUCGUCCUACCAGAACAACCGGGAUGGCAUAAUGAACAGCAACAAGGACCUAGCGCCUCGGUUCAAGCGCAAUCUGAUGACCCCUCAGAAUACGGUUGAAGAUUUGCAGAUGCGUCCCACGCCAAACAGCUUGCUGUUCAAGACGCAAAACAUGAACCUGAAGACGCAGUUGCCGAUUUCGCAAACGCCGUCAAUGCAAUCCAGCAAGUCCGCGUAUAGUUCGUCGCAGCUAGGUGACUUCCCGUCGCCAUUGACCACUCGUACACUUUUGAGCGAACAACGAGCUGCAGCUACUGGCAAUAGUGCCUUUGGGGCAAACGCCAGCAGCAACAAUGGUAUCUCGUACAAUCAGUCAUCUUUGCCGUUGGGCAAUAGCUAUGGAACAAACACUCUGGGAGUUUCAAACCUGGGGGCCAAUAGCGCUGCUGGAGGUCUAGGUAAUUCAAACUCUACAAGUCAGCAAAAUGCUCCCAGAAAUCUAAGCCCUGGAAUGUCUAAUCAGCAAAGUACGCUAGGUCGAGGAAAUGCAAACAAUCAUCAAUCUCAAUCUGGUAGUCAACUGGCAUCUGGCAGCAUUGCCGCCUCUGUCAAUACACCUAUCAACAAUAUCCUUCAGAAGGAUCAGGUCAUUAUCAAACAGGCUUCAGCUGAAAAAGCUGAGAAAAAGAGCAAAAAAGAUAAGGGCCCCAAUAAAGAGGAAUUCAUGAAGAAGGUUUCUAUGUUCGCUGCUGAAGUGUUGCUGGACAACCUGAAGCGACAGAUCGAUGAGGAUCGGCAUCAACAAAGCCAAGAUAGCAAGCCAAUAGAAAAUGGCGGGGCCGUGCAAGCAGUGGUCGUUGAAGUGGUAGAUAAAACUCCAAACCCGGAUACCGUAAACGAAGCUGAUCUCAAAGAGAAGUAUGACGACAAAUCUUCCGAAAAAGUCGACAUCGGUUCGGAGACGAUGAAAUCCGAAGAUGAAGAAAAACAGACGACGACAAUUCCAACUGAGUCUCUGAUGGAUGCGUUGGUACGAGAGUUCAGUGAACUAAAAGUGCCGGAAAAGUUCAUGCGUGACUCAGUAAGCAAGAUUGUAAACGAAGUGCUUGACAAAUCGGAUCCAUUCCACGAAAAGAUCAUUGAAUUUUUGCAACGAUUGCGUAAACAGAACAAGCUUUCUAACGGAGCCAUGCUAGAGUCGUUUAAAUCGCUAAUCAACUCGAUGAACGAAAAAGAGAAAACCAUCCCAAAAAUUACCACAAUAGUGGCAUCGCUGCUGUCGCGAGCAGUUACCGCAAAACUAUGCAAAUUGUCCGACAUUUCGAACUAUACCGAUAACGGUCAGCACUAUCCGUUGUUCCUCCUAGUGCUGCAACAACUACACAAGCAGCUAGGCAAGCAAAAAUUGCAUGAGAUGUUUACCCAAAGCAAGGUUAAUUUAAUGAGCAGUCUUCCGGAAAGUGACCGCACCAAAGAUCGCAUGGCUGAAAUCCUAGAGGAUCGCAAUUUGAGUUUCCUGUAUCCACUGCUGCGAGUACAGGCCGAACUAUGGAAGCAAAUUCAAGCCGAUGCCAAUCCACAGCAGUUCUACAAAUGGAUAAAGGAAAAUGUGGAAACCAGCUGCUACACGGAUCCGGGAUUUAUCACUGCGGUUAUGACGGUUCUCCUGAAGUACAUUACACAGGAAUCGUCAAAGUGUACGGACGACAAACAACCGGUCGAGAAAGAAAAAGAAAUCCUGAAAAAGUACUGCCCUGUGCUGAAUGCAUUCCUACACGGAAACAACGAUCUGCAGUUGAUAGCGAUUUAUGCCAUGCAGGUGUAUUGGUACAGCAUCGAUUUCCCGAAAGGAAUACUUUUGCGCUGGUUCCGCGAGUUCUACGAGCUGAGCGUUAUCGAAGAGGACGCAUUUCUGCGAUAUAAGGAAGAUGUCACCGAUAUGUACCCAGGAAAGGGUAAGGCCUUGUUCCAGGUGAACCAAUGGCUCACCUGGCUGGCGGAGGCUGAGGACGAAGACGAAGAGGAUGAUGAGUAAGCGAGCGAUAUCCGAUGUUCUGGUAGAAUUAGUGGUAAUGAUCAUUUUAAAAAUUUAGUAACAAGUGGCUUAUUUUUUAUUUUUGUUGUGAACUGAAAUUGUGCGGUAGUUUUGUUUUAUUUACUUUUUGGAUACGUUUUUGCCAUCGACAAAGAUUCAAAAAAAAAUGUCUUGUAUACAAAUUGCAGCCGUUGUUUGUUCAUUGAUCCGGUGCUCUUUUGAGUGAUGAAACAUUUAUUUUUACUAUAUCGUAAAUCAAUAUCGGUUUGGGAACGGAAGAUUGGUAAUCCACUAUACCUACACACUACUGAAUCAGAAAUAUGGGAUGCAACACAAUGAACGAUAGCAGUCUAAUAAUAAUAGAACAAUAUAAAUAGAAAUCGAACUCAAUCCAUAAUACAAUAGAGCUAUAGUCGCAAACAUGAUAGUGUUAUCACAUAGUCACUAGAAAUGUGACUUAUAAAAAGAAUAAAUAAUUAAAUAGAACAAUUUGUAUUUGCAAACAGCGCAAACAUUAAGUAGUGAAUCAAUUUAGUUUUUUAUUGCUGUGAUUGAGAUCAAUGUGUAAAAAUUGAACUUUAACAGUAACUGAAUGACAGUGCAAUUGAAGCUCUUCAAACCAGGAAUUUGAAAGAGAAAGAGUGUUUGGAUGCGAUUAAAAUGUGCUUGUUUCGAUAAAUAGAACUGGUAACUAUAUUUCGAGUGUUCGUGUAUGUAGCAGUAGUAAGCCAUUAUCGUUUAAUUUCUUGUACAUGCUGCAAAUAUACACAAAAAUACAUUACAACUAAUGUGGUAGUAAAACAGUAUCAAGUUAGAAUUUGAUUAUUUGUCUGCACCGUUGAAUAUUACUCGUUCACACUAGUACCCACAAUGACACACACACAGAAAAUAUGCGUAUAUUAACGCUCAGAGGAAUACGAAAUGAUAUAACAACUUGAAAAGCAGCUAAUGUAUCAUCGCCAAUCUAAUUGUAACUGGCGACACAGUGUCUUUACUCUGAAAUUCCUCAAAAACUUUGGAGAAACACCAUCAGCAAGACACAGUAAAAACAAUCGCAAGCCAUGCGUCCUAUAUGCAAUUAUAAAAGUCUUCUUUGUAAAUGAAUGGUGCGGUUCUCAUAUACUGACCGAAUUUAAGCUCGGUUGUAUGAGAGUUGAUUGCCAAAAGAAGACUGAAGAGGAAAAAGAUGAAAUUACGUUCAAAUGGAGAAAACGAUAAAAAUGAGCCAGAACACUGUAGCUCGUAGAUAGAUUAAAAUAUGAUUAUGUAUUUAGCAAAUUUACUAAAUGGAAUGAAUUUAAACAACUUUCCAGUCUAAAGCGGCAUUUUCAAAGCAGCUAUCGAACUCGAGCAAGCUUUCAUCAUGAAGGUUCAAACAAAUUUAGCACACAAACGUGAGUGCUCGUGUUAAUGUGGCAGAUUGUCAUGUCAUUACGAAUGCUUACGUUUACGGCAAACAUUAUGUUUAAUUCUAAAAUGUAUUUGAACCAAAAUCACUCCCUUGCGUAUAGGUACUAGUUUACUCCAAAUCGAUCGAAUAACACUUUAACCCGUUGCUGAAAAGAUUUCAAAGUUUCACAGUGGAAAGAAAGAAAGAGUUACAAACUAAUGUGAUUUCAUGCAAUUCAAACCAUGUUUACUAUAAAAAAACAGUUUUGGCGCACCCAGUCGCACAACAGAGGUGGAGAUUAAUUUAGCAUCAACAGUUUACCAAAAAUGUUAACUGAAAUAGGCCAACAAUGGCCUCUGGUACCUAAUGAUUUAAAUCCACGCUACAAAAAAUCUAACUUUCACAUUUGAUUCGAUUUUCUAACAAGAUAUAAAAAAAUAUAUACAACAGAACAAACUAAAGCACGAAUCCAAUCUAAUGUUGUCACAACAUAGCAAACAAUACCAGGUUGAUCAAUCUGAGCCGUGAAUCAAUAGUUAGCGAAACUUUUCGUAAAAAGCGAAUAACAUAGUUCUGAUACAUUGCCGCCAGAAAAGGCUCUUCCUGCAAUCUGCUCUUCUCCGGCUCCACACAGCCGAGCAGUGUGAAUUGUAUUGUCCGGUAGCCGGCAACAGUAAUGCUAAACAAUAUUGUCUAUGUUCACGUUCAUGAAACGAAAACCUACAUCGGAGAAAAGAUUAGCGGAAAGAAGAGUAAUCUGUGAAAUCUGCAUCAGCAAUCGAUAGUAGAAUACUGAACACGUCGAACUGUAACAACAUAAACGUGUUUCAAAGUAAAUGAGAAAAAAAAAAGAAAAAAACAAAAAAAGUAGAAAAAUAUAAAAACAAAUAAAAAUAAUAUCACGAAUUCGACAAACCUCCAAACCAUAAAAAUGCUGAUGUAUUUUACA